AUGGCAUCAUCUUCCACCAUCCUUUUUCAUUUCGAUGAUGGGUUUGAACAAGCAAUGGAUGAUGAGUUUGAAAGCUGCAUGGAAGAGUGUUUAGUUGAUAUAAAUGAAGUUCUUGAGCCAGAGAAGAGAAGAAAGAAACGAGCGGUCAUGAUCGAAGACGUGAAGAAGGAAACAUCCGCUUGUUCAAUGAUUAUUUCACACAUACCGGAUGGUACGGGGAAGAUGGGUCUGACCGGCUUACAAAAGUGCACGGCCGCCAUUCGUAUGCUCGCAUAUGGCAAUGCAGCUGAUGCAUCGAUGAAUACCUCAGACUAG